GUUGGCGCGACAAUAUAAAGUUCCGCAGUGAUUCCCUCAUUGACUGCUGCUCUGCCUCACUCACUCACUCACUGGCUGGCUGACUGACUGACUGACUGAGGAAGAAGAGCAGAAACACAGCCGGUUACAGAGAGGAUUUACAAAACUUCGUUAUUAUCCCCACUCUUAUUUCUUUGUGAUAGUCUGCCCGUUUAAUUCAUCUGCACCAUGAAGGAAAGAAGACUCACGCAGCCUUUUGUAGCGAGGUGUAAACUCGUGCUGGUCGGGGACGUCCAAUGCGGUAAAACAGCGAUGCUACAAGUCCUGGCCAAGGACUGUUAUCCAGAGACUUAUGUCCCCACUGUGUUUGAAAACUACACCGCCUGUCUGGAGCUUGAAGACCAGCGUGUUGAACUCAGCCUUUGGGACACAUCAGGUUCUCCAUACUACGACAACGUAAGACCACUCUGCUACAGCGACUCAGAUGCAGUGCUCUUAUGCUUUGACAUCAGCCGACCAGACACAGUAGACAGUGUGCUGAAGAAGUGGAAAGCAGAGAUCCAGGACUUCUGUCCCAGCACACGGAUCCUACUAAUAGGCUGCAAGACAGACCUGCGCACAGACGUAUGCACGCGCAUGGAGCUGUCCAAUCAGAAACAGACUCCCAUCUCCCAUGAACAGGGUUCGUCCCUGGCCAAGCAGCUUGGAGCAGAGGCUUACCUGGAGUGCUCAGCCUUCACAUCCGAGAAGAGCAUCCACAGUGUUUUCCGUACCGCGGCUCUGGCCUGCAUGAACAAACUCCAGCCUGCCAAUAAACCCAGUCCCGUCCGCCGCCUCUCCAAGAGACUCCUACAUCUGCCCAGCAAGACAGAGCUGCUCUCCUCCACCUUCAGCAAGGAAAAGUCCAAGAGCUGCUCCAUCAUGUGAAUACUGUGGGAGCAUGCAGGGGGGAAAAGAAAGCAAGGACAAGUAGGUAAUUCAGCAGGGGGCCUAAGGGUGUGCAGGGGAAAGAAAGGAAUGAUUUCUACAAUGCAUCUCUGUCCUUUGCAGCAUCCUCCUCGUCAGCCACUGAAAAGAAUUACACUUGCUACACUCUCUAUAUUCAACUCUGACACUGGACUUUUGAUCACCAGAGACAGAGUGAAAAAAAUAAAUUACAGCUGUACAAAUAGAGCAUAACAGGCAUUUUAAUACCUUCUUGAUUCCUUAUAAAGGUUGCUGUGAGAGCUUAAAUAAGGUCAGUGACUCCCAAGUGGUUGUAAACACUGCAUUUGACUGCAUUACCCUGAUGAAAUUCAUUUGAAAUUUUGAUAGCGCUGCCCUUUCCCAUCCAUCUCUUUAUCCGAAUGUCUCUUUAAGGUCACGAUAUGGGCUGAGGUGACGAGAUGAAAUGUAAAAUCUGACAGUGACAGGAAGUGGUACCUACAGAAAUGCGGCUCGGGGAAUUUCAAACAGCAGUUCCUCGUAUAAAUUAUUCCCCCAUUGACCCCUCACAUUUGGAGAUAAAAGCUGACAGUGGGGGGAAAGGGGAGAAAAAGGAGCAAUUUGGCAAAGCAGAGUGUUCAUUUGCAAAGGCAGUCAGAGGAUGAACUGAGCACACGUCUGAAGGAGCCAGUGUGACUCAGCACUCCCAUGAGCUAUAAAACAGUCUAGGUGGACUUGCUGUGACAUAGCAAACACAAAAUCCUAGGCCAUGUAAAGACCGUCGGAGCAUGUUUUUGUCAGAUCCCCUUUUAUUACCCAUCACCACAGCAGUAUUAAUUGUUCAGUUAUUUAUCACAAGGCUUGAUUUUAGAGAUGUUACAUUAAUGAUGCAUCUUCUCACUGUCCACUGAUACUUUAAGAGCUGCUUUAAUGGAUAUCAGCUUUUGUUCCAACAAAAACUAAUUUUCUUUUCUUUUUUUAAAGAUAAAACAUAAAAGAUUUCUUUUCACACAAGCCAAACUGUUUUGUACCAAAGGGAGUCUUAGAAAUCUCUGUUUUUUUUUGAAGAUGCACCUGCUGCCAUUUCCAGCCUGGAUAGUUGCAUUAACACUAAAUUUCCCUGAGAUGAUAGGUGGGAAGGUUGAUUUGAAUCACAAAUAAAAACAGGCUGGUCCUGUCUGAAGAAAGAAUUUUCUUUCCUUUUUCUCUAAAAAAAAUAUUUUCAUUUUAUUUUUCAACUUCCCUGAAAAGUAUUCUUGACAUUUUCCAUUUAUAAAAAAGAAAAUUUUUGUCUGGAUGUUUCUACUUGCUUGUGGCUGUCUUUGUUUUGUUUUGUGGCUGUUGAUGUUGUUCUUGUAUUUACUUGAGUCUUCUAGCAUUAGCUGCUGUUGACAGCUCAGCUAAUGGAGGAUUGAGGAUUUGUAGGUCUGCACCGAGAAGCCCAGAGUUCUCUGGAUGUACGGAACACUGGAAUUUUACGUGUUGCCUAGCAACAAUGUGAGCAGGGGCAGGCGUGAGCGGGGUUCCUGCCUCACAGAGAGAGAGAGGGAGGGAUGGCUCUCCGAGAGGACGCCUCACCUUUUAUUUGUAGCAUUAGACAGAAGCCACUGCGAAGGGGGCGGCUGGACAUUUCAGGGAGCGACGGACUGCUCAUGAUCUCCACAUGACGUCUAAAACAUGUCUCUGUAGCUCUGCUUCAGUCGUUAUUUCAAACAAGCUCCAUGUAGUUCUAUAUACAGCCGUCGUUGAACUAUUUCUCUUUUGCUCGUUUUUUGACGGACAGACUUUCAUUUGUUGUACAUAUCCUUUCUAAUAAAUCUGUUUAUUAGAAAUCCCUAAAAAGAAUGUUACUGAAGCAAAACAAAAUGUUUGUGUCAAGUUGCCUAUUAUUAUGGCUUUAAAUUAUUGACUGAAUUCUGUAUUUGUUAUUGUCAUAUGCUCCUUUCUUUAAAUCUUUGUUCAAAUAAAUAUGUCUGAUGUUCA